AUAUAAAAACAUGUAAACACUAAACAAUAAUAUUGCAUGAAAAAUAAAAUGAAAGUCUCCAAUAUAAAUUUAAGAGAAAUGAAAACGGCAGCAAUACAAUUAUGGUUGUCCAACAACCACUUGACCACCUGCGGGAUAAGCUCCGGCUGGAUAAAAAGCAGGACCAUAUGGAUCAUAUACUACUUGUUGGUGUACAAUUACUGGGGCUGGUGGUGGAUCCCCCUGGCAAGCUCGACCACCAAAUAUACCACCAAACGCACAGCUAAUACUAUCGGCUAAGCCGCCGGGAAAGGCCGUGACAAGCAUUGGCUGAGUUGUUACCAUGGCUAUCAAUAACACCACCAUACACUUUGUGACUUGACUCAUUUUCUUUUUCUUCUUGUUAUAUCAAAGAUUGAUUAUAUUGGAUGAAGUUAAUUAGUGGAUCCAAUUGAAUUGGAUCAACCAUUUAUAAUAAGGCCAGAUAAUUAAUGUAGAAUAUAUAACCAAACAGACGUGGUUUCCACAGAGGGCGCCCAGGUUAAGCUCGGUGAGAAAUUUUGAUGUUUCUCUCGCCCUCCACGUAGGACAAUUGGUUAAGCUAACUUAUUAGCGAAAUAUGGGGCCCAGUAGCCGUUAGUUCUUCUAAGUUAAUACCGUUAGUUCCUUUUGUUCUUUCUCUUUCUUCACUUCACACCAGCUCUUGACUGUUGUUCCACCCUCUCUUCAAAUGUUCUUCUGUCUCUCUCUCUCUGCAGUUGCUCGGUGAGGCUGUGUUAGACUGAUUUAUCGUGCAUUUAUUGAUAUUCCGGUGAGGCUGUGUAGAUCUGAUUUAUCGUGCAUUUGUUGUUAUUCCGGUGAGGCUGUUUCCCCAGAUCUGAUGUACAUUUCGCGGCUUAAAUCAGGUAUGAUAGUUGAGUAAUGGUGUGAUAUGGCUGAGACGGAUGAGUUUAUGCUAAGGGAUGGAGAUGAAGUAGAUCGGGUAGGUAAGUUGAUUGAAGUUGAAUGUAGUAAUGGUAAUGAUGAUGAGUUGGACAAUAUUUCCCUUACAAAAUAUGUUGAGAAUAAUGAUAACUGGCGCACACCUAUCCAAACCUCUUCCCCAAUUCAGUCUUUGGAGAUUGUUGAAACAAAUGUGUCAACAACUAAGGUCUCUGUUAUGACCUCUGUUGAUCCCCCAAAAGUUGGAAUGAUGUUCAAUGGUUGGGAGGAAAUUGUGGUAUAUUAUAAGUCUUAUGCAGAGCGGUGUGGGUUUGGAAUUAGUAGAGUUCAAACUGCUUAUACUCUUAAUAAGAAAGAGAUUAGGGGGAUGACUUGGAAGUGUGAGUGUUGGGGUCCACCCAAUUUGAGGGCGCAGCGGGAGGCAAGGAAGAGGGCAAGGCUAAUGGAAGUUGGAGGAAGUGUUGGCAAUAGGAAUGGGGACAUAGUAGAGGAUGAGCUUGCGCGGUGCAAAAGAAAAUCCAAAAAAUGUGAGUGUCAAGCUAGGAUUUAUGGUAGUGUUAAUAGGGAAGGGCUGUGGGUCUUGGUUACAGUUGAAUUGGAGCAUACUCAUAAGUUGGACCCCGCUAUGGCUAAGUUAGUUAAAGAAUAUCGUAUGAAAAAAAUGACAUCUACUGUUCGUAAGAGGUUGAAUAAUUAUUUUGAGGUUGGACUACCGGUGACUAAAAUUCGUGGUUGUUUGGGAACUGAAAAUGAGAACUUGCCUAAUGUCAAGGAUAUGCAACAUGAGGUGUAUAAGAAAAGACGUUCGAAGAUGGCGGGGGGAGAUGCAAAUGCUAUGAUGGAAUACUUUGACUACAUGCAAGCGGACAACCAUAACUUUUUCCAUGUCCAUCGGUUGGAUGAAGAAGGUCGCUUGAAGGAUGUACUUUGGGUUGAUGCGCGUAGUAUAGCCGCAUAUGAAGAUUUUGGAGAUGUAGUGUGUUUUGAUGCAACAUAUCUCACCAAUGAGUAUGAGCUCCCGUUUUGUAAUUUUGUCGGAGUUAAUCAUCAUGGUCAAUCGCUCUUGUUAGGCUGUGCUCUUAUAUCUCGUGAAGAUUCCGACACAUUUCGUUGGAUAUUCCGUCAGUGGUUGUCCUGUAUGGGCAACAAAGCACCAGAAGCCAUCCUUACCGAUCAAGCACCUGCAAUGAGGAAGCCCUUAGCUGAAGUUAUGCCAAACACACGGCAUCGAUGGUGCAUAUGGCACAUCCUAAAAAAAUUUCCAGAAAAACUUGGGAAGUGUGAGCUGUACAAUGACUUCAAAAAUCCUCUCAAGAAUGUUAUAUACGAUAGCUUAACUAUCGAUGAAUUCCAAACACGAUGGUGUGAAGCAAUGAAGUUGUAUAAGCUAGAGGAUAAUGAGUGGCUGCAAGAGUUGUUUGUAGAGCGGCACAUGUGGGUGCCUGCUUUCAUGAAGGAGUACUUUUGGGCGGGGAUGAAAACGACGCAGAGGGUGGAGAGCAUAAACAGUUUCUUUGAUGGUUUUGUUGAUAAGCACACUAAAUUAUGUGAAUUCCCUGAAAAGUAUAGCCAGGCAAUGAAGAAGAGGGUUAGUGAUGAGACUGAUGCGGAUGAUAGGGAUUCCAAAUACAUCAGGCGGCUUGUUAGUGGAUUCAAAGUGGAGAAGUUUUUUCAAAAAAUCUACACUGAUGUAAAAUUCCAAGAAGUACAAAAAGAAUGUGGGCGCAUGUUGUAUGUGAUUCCCAAGGUCCAAGAUGUUAUAAGUUCUGAGGCUAUUAAGUAUGUAAUUGAAGACAGAGUCUGGAUUAAAAAAAGUGGUACCACUGAGGAAAAGCUGACUGACUUCAAAAGAUUGUACUCAGUUACCUUUAAUCUUGUCACAAAAGACAGUAUUUGUGACUGUCGGAAGUUUGAGAAGGAUGGCAUUCUAUGUAGGCACAUCAUAAGAGUGUGGGAUGAUAGGAAGGUUAAAGAUAUUCCUCCCAAAUUUGUACUUGUUCGGUGGCGGAAAGAUGUUGUGAGGAGGCACACUCGUGUAAAAGUUGCUUACCAUGAUCCGUCACACACCACGGAAUGCAAAAGGUACAACUCCUUGAUCCCUGACCUUGAGGCUUUGUGUGAUGAUGCGUCUGUAGUAGAUGAUGAGACGGUUGAGGCUGUUCGCAAAGAAAUUUCCAAGCUUCAUGCGGUGGUGAAAGAGAAGCGUGCAAAAUUGUUAGAAAAGUUGGCGGUACCAAAUCCGGAGAUUAACUCAAAAACUUCUCCUCCUGUCCCUACUCCCAUGUCAUCCCCUCUUCAGCAAGCAACACCCUCCGCAACAACUUCUCCCGCUCCCACUACUCCAUUAUCUGCCAGUACUGAGUUAGCUGCUUUGAGCCCACAAAUUUCAGGAGGCGGCCAGUUCACUCCCAUUAGCAAUUACAAUCAUCCCCCUAAGUCCCCUUGCAAUAUUCGAGAUCCGAUUAUAAAAAAGAAACCUAGAGGGCGACCAAAGGGGUCUAGGAAUAAAAGCUUUGCUGAGUUAGGGUAAAAGACCAGCAAGAUAAAAAGUGCUAAGGGCUUGAAAAGUCAGCCGCAACCUACUGAAUUUCCAGAGUCAAGCCAAUUUGUGAAGAAGCCGGUGAGGCGUAAGAAAAAGGGUCCAAAUCCCUAUGAUGAGUUCUGGGAGGCUGCGCGUGAAGCUCAAGACUUGGGCAAUGACCCAUUAAUGGAUAAUUUUAAUUGUUCCUCACCGACUUCUCCCCCUGCAAAUAAUCACAUGUGUCCAUUGUCAACUCCUUCUCACCAAUCAGAGAUCAGCAAGAGCCCCUGCAACAUUGGAGAUCUGAAUUCAAAAAAGACGCGUAGAGGCCAAACAAAGGAGCCUAGGAUCAAAACUCUUGCUGAGUUAGGAUACAACACCCCUAAGGAUUGUCAAAUUCAGACGCACCCCACGGAUGCUCCAGAAACACAGCAAUAUGUGAAGAAGCCGGUCAAGCGCAAGAAGCGUCAAAAUUAGCUUGCUAAGUGAUGAAAUGAGGCUGGAGCUCAAGAAAUUCUGUUUUAAACUCUGAACCAACUCUGUGGUUAUCAUAUUGACUUGUAAUCUUUGAUAAAUGAGUAUUAUGUGCUGUGCCUGUGAGCCAUUGAAUCUGUUAGGCUGUGCCUGUGAGAAUCUGUUAGGCUGCACUUAUUCUUACACAUGUUCUUGCACAUGUUAUUGUAUUUU